AGCGCCGUUCCCGGUUAGUGUGCGGGGUGCUUUGAUCGCGGACCCAUCCGGUUUUCCACACCGAAAUCGAUCAGGUUUUUCCUCAGCGUUUUCCUACGCGGAUACAAACGGAUGUAAGAUGUUUCCCGACGAUGUGUUGAUUGAAGUUGUUUGAGUGAAGUAUUGAGUAUCCCACGAUGGUCGGAGUAUUUUUUCAAACUCUUAUCGCCCGGAUGAUGUUUGUGCUUUCCUUCGUUGUUUUCCUAAUGGAUUACGCCGCUGCGGGGAAAGAUGUUCCCAUCGUCCACAUGGACGCCGUCGUCGGCGAUCCGGUGUAUUUACCCUGCGAUAUAUCCACUUUGGAGCCCGGGGAUCAAGUUUUGCUGGUGCUCUGGUACAGAGAAGACCUAGGAACUCCCAUAUACAGUGUGGACGCCCGCGAGCGGGAAUUCAGCAUGGCAGAGCGAUGGUCGGAUGAAAAUGUUUUCGCGAAUCGGGCGUAUUUUAUGCCCGAGAAAACGCCCGCUGAAUUGGGCGUCGAUCACAUCAGGGAGGCCGAUCAGGCGAUUUACAGGUGUCGGGUGGACUUCAAAAUAGCCCAGACGAAGAACAGCAGGAUCAAUCUGACGGUUAUCGUUCCUCCGCAGAAGAUCGUGAUCCACGACGAGGCUGGAAAGACGCUAACUACGGUCUUGGGACCCUAUCCCGAAGGGGCGUCCUUUGUGCUGCGGUGCGAUGUUUACGGGGCUAAACCGCCGGCUACUGUGACCUGGUACAGAGAAGACAGCGAUCUUCCCGAAGAAAUCGACAGGCUCCAAUCGAGAAUAAUGCUGAGCAACGCCAGUACCAUCACCGGUACCGGCCCAUCAGCGUUCGUCCGCAACGAGCUGAAGAUGGUCGGAAUCGGUCGAAACGACGUGGGAAAAGUACUCGUUUGUCAGGCGAACAACAACCGAAAAACGCAAGCGCUCACCGCGUCUCUUACCAUCGACAUGAACUUCGGGCCGUUGGAUGUGAAAAUUCUGGGUUCGAAUCAGCCGCUAUCGGCCGGUAGAAGGUACGAUUUGUUGUGUCAAAGCAGCGGAUCUCGACCACCUGCUAGCAUAACUUGGUGGAAAAGCGGCCAGAGAUUGGAGAAAACGAAUCACACUACGUCUAAAGAUGGAAAUACAUCAAUAAACACGCUCGGUUUCGUGCCUAAAAAGGACGACGAUGGAAAAUACCUUUCCUGCAAGGCGGAAAACAAGGCAAUUCCCUCUGCAGUGGUGCUCGAAGACGGUUGGAAAUUAGAAAUACAUUAUACCCCUGAAGCGAGGAUCCUCCUGGGCACGUCCCUUAACCCCCACGCCAUCAGAGAGGGCACCGACGUUUAUUUCGAUUGCAUCUUGAACGCCCAUCCUCCCGUCUAUAAGGUGGAUUGGAGACAUAAUGGAAAAUUGCUGAAUAUUAACGUCAACGCCGGCAUCAUCAUCACAAAUCAAAGCCUCGUCCUGCAAGGAGUCUCCCGAGCUACAGCCGGUAAUUACACCUGUCUCGGCCACAAUACAGAAGGAGACGGAGAAAGCGCCCCUUUCUACCUCAACGUUCUCUACGCGCCGAGUUGCAAGCCGAACCAGACCAGGAUCUACGGGGUGGCGAAGCAGGAACGGGCCCAAAUCAGCUGCGUGGUGGACGCCAAUCCGCCGGACGUGCAAUUUCGGUGGACGUUCAACAAUUCGGCCGAUUCGGUGGACGUGAGUCAAUCGUACAUAGCGCGCAGCGGCACCUCCAGCGUGGUCUCGUACACCCCCAUGACGGAGCUCGACUACGGCACGUUGCUCUGCUGGGCCUCUAACAGGAUCGGCGCCCAGCGGACGCCUUGCGUCUUCCACAUCAUCGCCGCAGGUCGACCGGAUCAAGUGCACAAUUGCACCGUCCUCAACAUUUCGAUGAAUUCCUUCAACAUCCGUUGCUCCGAAGGAUUCAACGGGGGAUUACCCCAAUCCUUUCUACUCGAGGUACGCGAGAGUCAAUCGCAGGAACUGAAAAACAACCUUACAUCGCCGGUGGCGCGAUUUUCGGUGACUGGCCUCGAACCGGGAGCUUUCUACCACGCCGUGCUGUUUUCCUUCAACGGAAAAGGCCGCAGCGAGCCGGCCAUCAUCCACGCGGCUACUUUGAGAUUGCCCGAGAAGCAAUUAACAGCGGAGAAAGAAAGCAGCCGAUCGGGGAGCCUCCAAUUCACGCCGAUGAUGAGCGUUUUAAUCGGCGUGGUAUCGGCGUUGCUGAUCGUCGCUUUGGUGGUGAUAAUGGUGUUGCGAAUGCAAUGCACCCACCACAACGGCAUGCAAACCAAGGGCCACAAAAACGCCACGGUGGCCGUCAGCAGGUCCAAUUUGGACCACAGAGGGUCCGGCAGUCUACCCACGUUGAGCGACAAAGGAGGCGGUAGCCCGAUAUCGAAGCACGAUUCGAGCGCCGGCGAGUGCGACAGCGACGAGAAGAACCCCGACAUCAUACCGCAGGCGCUCGACGACGACGAUCCGUCCUCCGAGUACUCCAGGAAGCGGCAGAUCUCGACGAUCGAAACGUCGCCGAACCGGCGGUCGCUGCACCAGGUCCCUAGCAACUCGAACUACUCGGGCUUCUGCACGAUGCGCAACGGCAUGCCCAACACCCGCGACUCUCCUGCCCAACAGAAACUGAUGAUGGCGUGCACGUUGCCGAGACAGCCGGCGCAGCAGUGGUUAUAUGGACCGAUGGGGCACCUGCCGCCCGGGGUGUACCCGGUGGCGUACAGGACGGCGCCGAGGCAGGUGCAGGGGGCGCGGGAGCCGCCGAUUGCGCUGCAAGCGAUGGCGCCGGCGCCGGCUGGCGUCGGCGUCGUUGUUGAGGAGGAGCCGUCUGUUGAGACGCCGCUGGUGGCUAAUAAGAGGGAGAGCACCGUUUGACGAAUGUCUCCGAUGUGAUGCGUCGAGCACAAUAACACAGGGUUUCUCUAAGAAUGAAUUUCUGUAUGAUGAUGAUUGGUAAUGUUCCUUGGUGAUUUCUGGUUUUUUUUAGCGCUCUUCUGAGACUGUUUUAAUUGAUUGUCUAGGCGAUGUAACUUUUGUUGUUUUAAUUAUCUUACCCCGAAUGGUGAUAGAAAAAGCAAUUGUGAUUAAGAAACGCCAACUUAUCGAGCGGAUUGGAUAUACUUGGAUAGGAUUGAGUAAGCUUAAAGGUAACACAAUUUCUUAUUAUUUCCUUCUAUAUAUUUAUUUGUUUAAUUAAAUUCAAAAAAAUAAAUUCGCCUAGUAAAUUAUACAACGUUGAUUUGUCGCUCGUAAUAAAAUUACAAUUAACUACAAUUACAUUAAUUGUAAUUAAUCGUAAAAUAAAUGUUUAACGCCUACGCAUCAAUAGUAAUAGAAAAACGAAUGCGAUUCUUCGAAAAACCGACUAUAAAAUAUUAAAUGACUGUUAAUUAAGAUAAUCAAAUUUAAAAAAAAAUAUAUAUGUAAUGUGUCUGUUUUUCCGAACCCUGAUCCCGGUAAUGGUCUAAAAAUUUUCUAGAAAAUUUGGACGAUUUUUUAGAUUUUUUGACUCCUAUAGCAAAGCUUGAAUAAGAAAGGUGUAUUUAACGCAACAAUUUUUCGAAUCAUCCCCUUUGUAUAUAAUUAUAUAAAAAAAAGGUGUUCACAUAUCUUUAUAUUCCCGUUUGUUUAUUAUCUGUACAUAAAAAUUUUUAUGGUCGAAACGAAUUCCGUUUUUUCCUAAAGUUUUGUAAAACGCGUUUCGAUAAUAAGAUGUAAGUGAAAUAUUUCGAAUUCGUUUCCAUCCCGUCACGAGGAUGUCGAAUUGGAUUAUCAAAAAAAAUAAAUAAAAUAAUAAACAUUUGUACUUCGAUCGUUUGUAUAUAAAUAUAUCAUUUGUUACAAAUUUUUAAUGAAAGGAUUAUUGAAAUUAUAAAUGUGAUUUAUAAUAGAUUAAGUUUAGAAAAUAGCGAACUUGCGCUUGUUGCAAUCUUUUCUACAAUUUUUCCUUCGACUGAUGCAUAUGAGUGAGAUUUACGGAAAUUUAUUUACUAUUAAAUUAUAAACAAUUCAAUUCGCUACUCUUUAAUAGGUUACUUUAAUUGUUGGAAAAUGUCACAGAAUCCCUCAAACUGUAAUUAUUUCGAAUAUGGUCGUUGGAAAACCCAUCUUUUCCCAAAAAAUCGAAUUUGUUAUAUUAUUAAGACGUGCCUUGAUGAUUUCGUAAAUAUAUCUAUUUAUCAGUUUCCAUCCCAUUAUCGACCAAAUCCCGUUAUUAUUUGGGAUCAAUCCGUAGAACAGCUUGUAACCGAGAGUUCGCUUGGUGUAAAAAAAUUGUACAAAUUGUAAAUAAUAUUACGUUUUAUAUUUACCGAAACAAAGUCAUCUGUUAACUGAACAAAAAUAAUUGUGAACAUGAAAAAUAAAUGUAAUUAAAAUCGACGAUUUCAUUCCAAUAUGGAACGGGAAUUUAGGAUUAUUUAGGAUCUAAGGACUCCCAAUGAAUGGAUUUGAAGAAAGGGUGCGAUUUGAGAUUCUCCGUUCCAUUGGGGCCCCAUCCCAGGCGCUCUUGCGGUUCGUAA